GUAUUCACUGGAAACAGUAAGCGUCCGUGUAUAUUAUGUCUAUGGUGAAACUGAAGAGCCGCACGAACACGCGCGUGAGCAGUCUGGUCCCUCAAACUGAAAUACAGGACGGCAACACCCUUUCACUUACCGAGUCAUCUUCACAAACCUUCGUUGUUCACCGCGGUUGCCCUUACGAUGAUGUGUAGAUGGAGACACGGAUUUUGACGGAUUCGUUACCUAUACACAAAGGGUUUCGUUUCGGGACUAAGUUUCUCAAUGUUUAGCUUACAGAUAUUUUAUCUAUUGCUUCACACCGUUCCUGCUGUGGAGAGCAGUAACUUUACCAAGCCCUAAAACUUGCCUUGUUGUAUGAGGUUGGAAGUGGCAGGUGACGUUACCUGGAAUCCGGCUGAACUGAUUAAAACUGAGUUUGUGACAAUGUUGUGGACAAUUGCACGCUGCAGAAGAUUGGAUCGGCUGAGGUGUGUGUUAUUUGUUGAUUAUAAUAGCCUUAUAUUUUGAACAAUAUUGAAGCGUAGAGAGAAGACGGAUGGACACAAGCGUACAGACGGUAGUUUUUCUAAAGAGACAAGCUAUAAUCCUGGAUGGGUGACCUGUACUCCAACCCCCUUGGCCAGUGAAGCCCUCCUUCCCAUCUCGCAGUGUGCCCAGGCAGGGUCCCCCAGCUGAGCUGCAGACAUGUACCAGGAGGUGGCCUUUCUGGCUGGCAGCACAGAGCACCAGUUCACCACCUACCAUUUCAACCCCCUGGAGAGCACCCAGGAGGUCUCCUCUGCCAAGGGCCUGUUCUACAAGCGAGUCCAGUUGCUGCCCCAGCCCUGGCCACGGCCCCAGCCCCAGCCUCAGCCCCAGCCUCAGCCCCAGCCCCAACUCAAGCAGGAGGACCAGGAUCUGGAUCAUGCCGACAGCGCCGCCAUCGUCAACGUGGGAGGAAUCAAGUACCGCAUCCCCUGGUCCACGCUGGAGGAGUUCCCCCUGACCCGCCUGGGCAAGCUGCGCGGCUGCAGCAACCUGGAGGAGAUCAUGGACGUGUGCGACGACUACGACGGCGCCCGCAACGAGUACUUCUUCGACCGCAGCCCGUCCGCCUUCCGCACCAUCGUGACCUUCCUGGCGGCGGGGAAGCUGCGUCUGCUGCGGGAGAUGUGCGCCCUGUCCUUCCAGGAGGAGCUGGCGUACUGGGGCGUGGAGGAGGCCAGCCUGGAGUGGUGCUGCCUCAGGAAGCUGAGGCAGGAGGAGCAGCGCGCGCAGCAGAGGCUGGAGGACGAGGAGGCGGAGCUGACCUCGCCGCAGUCCUGCGAGGAGUCCCAGCAGCCGCCCGGGGUCGGGGGCCCGGAGGAGAGCCGUAAGGCGGGCUGCAUGCGCAGGCUGAGGGACAUGGUGGAGAACCCUCAGUCGGGGCUCCCGGGGAAGAUCUUCGCCUGUCUGUCGGUGGUGUUUGUGGCCAUCACGGCCGUGACGCUUUGCGUCAGCACCAUGCCCGACCUGAGGGAGGAGGAGGAGAGGGGCGAGUGCUCUCAGAGAUGUCGCAACAUCUUCGUCCUGGAGACGGUGUGCGUGGCCUGGUUCUCCCUGGAGUUCCUGCUCCGCUUCAUCCAGACGCCGAGCAAGUGCGUGUUCCUGCGAACGCCCCUCAACAUCAUCGACGUCAUGGCCAUCCUGCCCUACUACGUCACCCUCAUCGUGGACUCUCUGUCCGUGGGAGAGAAGCCCAGCGGCUCCGGGAACAACUACCUGGAGAAGGUGGGCUUGGUGCUGAGGGUGCUGCGAGCCUUGAGGAUCUUCUAUGUCAUGCGCCUGGCCAGACACUCCCUGGGCCUGCAGACGCUGGGCCUGACCGUCAGGAGAUGCACGCGCGAGUUCGGCCUGCUCCUCCUCUUCCUGUGUGUCGCCAUGGCGCUGUUCUCGCCGCUGGUGUUCCUGGCCGAGAGCGAGCUGGGGGCCAAGCAGGAGUUCACCAGCAUCCCGGGAAGCUACUGGUGGGCCGUCAUCUCCAUGACGACGGUGGGCUACGGGGACAUGGUGCCGCGCAGCAUCCCCGGCCAGGUGGUGGCGCUGUCCAGCAUCCUGAGCGGCAUCCUGCUCAUGGCGUUCCCCGUCACCUCCAUCUUCCACACCUUCUCCCGCUCCUACCUGGAGCUGAAGGAGGAGCAGAUGCGCUCGCUGAGGCAGAAGCCCGACUCGCAGGACAGCACCAAGUCCCAGAACAGCGAGGACUCCCAGGACACGGACAGCUUCCACGGCAUCACGGAGGCUGUCGCCAUAUCCGCCGCGCAGCGCAGGAAGUCGAUGGCCCUCGCGUCUCAGAGGGCCUCCGAGAUCGGAAAGUCCGUUCAAACUUCGAGUUGAAGUCUGUGUCUCGAGUCCGUCGUGCUUGGCUGGACGAAUGUUUGUAAGACUUGGUAUGGAGUUAUCUUCACAGGUGGCCACUCCCUUUAAUAUUUGUAAUCUCCGUGCAUGAGGGUUCAUAAAAUGAGAGGUUUUUAAGAUUUUAUAAGAAAGCCGCUAGCGUCUUUUUAAAGACGUCUGUGGUACAAAGUUGACCGGAUGACAAGACUGUCAGAGGACAACACAGUAUUUGACCAAUGACAAUAGCCUGACAAUGAAGGAUUAUCCACACAGGAUACAGACGGUGACUGAAGCCCUCCACAAAGCAUGGGGACCAAGCAGAGAGAAUGAAAAUAUAUAUUACUAGUAUGUGCUCAUUUAGGUUGAGGGGGGGGGGGGGGGGUAACUCUGGGACAGGUUAUUUGGCUGUAUUAGUAUUUGACAUUUUUAGUAUUCUUUGCUUUUAGACUCAGGUUUAGCAUCUUUUAAUAAAUGGCAUUAAAACCUGCUUGUCAGGGCCCCAGGGUGAUCCAAUCUACACUUUGUUACAUCCAAAGAUGCAAGUUUCAGGGAACUGAAAGCUUCCACAACAUAACCAAAUUGUUUCUCUCUGCAAAUCUGUCCAGGGUCUCUCGAGCUACACAUCUGUUAUGAUGAUAAUGAGAUGGCAUCUGUUUUCAGGAAUGGUCCUGGACCAAGACGAGAUGUAAUCCGAUAAAGGCUGAGUGAACCCAUAUGAAUUGUAGAGCAGAUAUCAGGGGAGGACCCUUUUAACCCUUGUGCUGCCUUCGG